AUGAAGUACUCCAUUGCAGCCCUCUUUCUCACCCUCAUCGCCAGCGUCACUGCCACCCCCGCGCCUGACGUCGCUCACCUCAUCGAGCGCCAGAUAUACCCCGCCUGCGCGCCGUACAACAAUGGACGAGAGUCCCCCUUCCCCACGGACUCUAACUGGGGUGGUUACGCUCUUUGCUGCAACUACUUUGGACCUAACCCUCCUGAAUACACUGGCUGCUGCGAUAGGAAUGGCGUGAACACUGGUAGCGGGUUCCCUGCAUGCGUGAUUAUCAACUAG